AACCAAAGCAGCUGUUCUGUCAAGCUUCACGCCACAGAGGAGCCACGUGACGUGCCGUGGAGUGGACUAGUCACACUCGGAGCUGAGUUCGAGAUGUCAGCCAGGACGGACCGAGGUACCGGGAACCGGAGACCGAACGCCGCCAACCGACACCGGAACCGGAAGCAGACGGAAACAACGAGCCGCAGCAGAAUGGUGCACGGUGUGUCCAGAGAUGCUGGAAGUCUGAAGGGAGCUCAGUCAACGCCUGAGGAAAGCUUCCCAACAGUUCUGCCCAUGCUGCUGGCUGUGGUCAAGGGUCCUGUCCAUGUUCCUGCAGACGACAAGAUACAGGAAAUGCUCAGAAGGAAACUGUGCAUUCUGCAGGGGGAUAACACUGAGCUCAAUGCUUUAUUCAUGGAGUUGUCUGCCCAUCUUGUCUCCAUCAACAGUGAGGAAAAGGUCAUUUCUGUCACUUUCAGUACAUUUGAGGAAAUAUGGAAGUUCACCACAUAUUACACAACAGGUCUUGUCGCCCAGUGUAUGGAGAAUCUGUUGGUAGAUCAAACGUUCUGGCUCACUUCCUUGGAAGAAGACGUAGCUAUUGAGGUGUCCAUUCAGGAAGAAACAUUAAACCUCAUCUAUAAAGGCAUUCUCCUGCAUGAUGGUUCAUUGUUUGCUAGUUGUAAUGCCAACCAGAUGUUUGACAGCUCCACAUAUGGAGGUGACCUAUACCUGGAACAGGGAGACAUUGCCCAGUUUGAGCCUCCCUUCCUAGGGUCUGGAUGGACCGUCCUCUCUUUGGCUGAUGGAGCUCGAGGCACUGCACCCAAACCUGCUUUGGAGCCAGUUAUUCCUUUUCAUCAGUGGUUUCUCAAAUCCUGUUCAGAGAGUAUUUUAGUUGGUGACGGGAAACCAGCCUGUGACUUUCCUCUGCCGUUUGCUCGAGGAACGUGUCGGGCCACAGCGGAGUAUGUCGCCGAGGGCCCCGAGGAGCUGAGCGUGGCCCCGGGUGACUGCAUCGUUAUCACGGGGCUGCUGGUGUCCUGCUUUGAUUGGUUCACAGGGAAGAAGAAGGCCACAGGAGAAGUGGGUUUGGUCAAGACGAGUGUGGUGGAACCGUCCGGGAACACGUACAUGUCUGAUGAUAUUUUUUUGGAUGAAGAAGUAAACACCUUAUUUAGUCUACGAGAUGAUGAUGUCAUAGAGGAAACAACUGCUGUGUUGAAGAAGAAAUCUGAAAAUGAUUUUGGACACAACUAUAAACUGGAUAUAAUCAAUUAUGAAGACUCGGAGAAGACAGUGUCAAAUCGUUUUUCAAGCAAAGUUGAGUCUCACCUGCCUGAACUGAACCAAAAUAUUCAGAGGAUUCUUCAUCAAAGUAAAUAUUCGUCACCAGAGUCCGCUGUCUUGGUGACGGGCACAUACAUGGACUUGAUCCAGGGUACACAGACAAAAGACCCGAGUCCUCUCCUGUUCACGGUUUGCCCAGUUGUAGAGGAACACAAUACCAUAGACAUCUUCAUCCCCCUCUUCUCCUUUUUGGAAGGCCACAACUACAACGUUGAGUUUGGAGCCCUGUAUGGACUAAGUCCAGACCUCCUCUCCGCCACAGUCUUUACCGGCCAUUCUGACGAGGAUGAGCUGAUAUCUUUCUUAAGUGUUGCUCGGGAAAUGGCCAGGAAAAAGCGACUUUUCUGGCCGCACACCCGUCUUUGUUUCCUUUUGGGUAAGCUCUGCACUGGGAGGUUGAAGUUCAGCCAGGCCCGAGUUUAUUUUGAGGAAGCACUUACUGUGCCACGAGAAGGUUUCAGCGACCUGAGGCUACUGGCUAGCAUCUACGUGAACCUAGCUGCCAUCUAUCUUUUGCAGAAAAACAGAGAACAUUUCUUUGAUGUGGCGGAACGACUUGCUGCCUUGAUCAUGGGGAUCCCAGACUGUGUUGUCGGCACAGAUGAUGACUUGGCUAUGAAGUUUAUUCUGAAGAAAGCCAUUCUGUCGCAUAACAACAUGGCAGAGGCCCGUGCUUGCUACCUCUUAGCGAAGUAUCACUGGACCUGCACCGAAGGUGAGAAAGCCAUUCCUUACCUUGAGAGACUUGUUGUUCUUUGUGCUGAAUCUCAAAGAACAUGGAGAGUCACCCCCAGUCGUGGGUACCAGAUCCUGGGAAAGGUCUAUAGUGAACUCAGCCUCCCCCACCUUAGCGUCAGCUCAGUCAGGAUAUCAUCUCUGCAGCCAUCUACCACACUCACCGAUUGCCUUAGAGGCAUGGUUCUAGUUCUGGACAAUGCCAUCAGCCUGUCUGGUUUUACAGAACAGAAAAACUCAGUCCCAACUCAAGUGGUUCCUUAUUUACACCAAGCACUCAGUUUUUCGAGGGCUAGGCACGGUGAAGAAGACAACAGCCAAUACAGCAUGUUGACCCAUUACCUUACCGUUUGUCUGUGUCAGCUGUUUUACAAGCACCGGAUGGUUGGACAUGCUAUCCACCACAUGCAUAAUCUUAUCUACAACUGUCCAUCUUCACAAAGUCUGUCCGUCUCAGUCCCUGAAAGAAACAGCGCCCUCAUCUGGCUGGCAUGGCUUCACAUUGUCAAUAACCAGCCUGAAGUUGCGUUGGAUAUCCUGGACACUGUACGAGCCUCCAUGCCAGAGCAGCGCACAUCUUCUGAGGAAGGUGUGGUGCUCAACAUGUGUGGUGUUGCGCUUCGAUGCAUGGGCAACCUUCGGAAGGCAGCAGAGAGCUACGGUGCUGCUCUUGACAUAUGCAAAAAGCUUGAAGAUCAACCAAACUCGGCUGCAUCCCAGGCGAACCUCGGACUGCUGUGUCUGAAGGCUGGAGCAAAAGGUCUAGCUGAGAGAUGUCUGAAUGAGGCCGUGCAUCUCUUCUCUGAGCUGGAUGAUGCUGGUCAUGAGGAGAACUUCAUUAUGGUGCUACUGGAGCUUGGACAGCAUUAUGUGAAGCAGCACCAGCUGAACUUUGGGAAGGCAUGCUAUGAGUGGGCUCUACUGCUGGCUAUCAGCGCUGACCUUUUAGACUACCAGCUCACUGCGUCCAGACACCUGCACCGUCUGUACAGCUGUGAAAGUCCAGACCAGACCAAGUGCAUCAUCUACAGUCAGCACCAGGCCUUGCUGCUGACACAGACAGGGGACAGAGGACAGGAAGGAGACACUCUGGAAGCCAUCAGCCGGCUGUACCUCAGUCUGGGCACAGACAGGGCAUACCGGGUGGCCCUGGACUACACCAAGAGGAGUUUGGGCAUUUUCAUAGAUCUGGGCUGUAAACAGAAGGAGGCCUAUGGCUGGUUGCAGGCAGGAAGGAUCUACCACAUGCUGGGGCAGACUGAACUGGUGGACCUAUAUGUCCAGGUAGCUCAGGAUGUUGGUCUGAGCACAGGAGACACCAGCUUCAUCCUGGAGCUUUUGGAAGCAGCUGGAGAUGUCUUCUUCAACAGCUCCAACGACCAGGACAAAGCUGUCUGCUUCUAUAGGGACCGCGCUCUGCCCAUUGCGGUGAAGAGCAGCAGCACUUGGGCCAGGCUGAGGUUGUGUAACAAACUGACCGAGCUGAUGCUUCGUCUCAAACUAUAUGGUGAAGCUGUGGAGUUCGCUCAGACCGCGCUGCACCUCAGCAUCACUCUCGGUGAACAGCUGAACGAGCGAGUGGCGUACCAUCGACUGGCCUGGCUCUACCGUUGUCUGGACCAGUUUGAACUGGCUGAGCACUACUUCCUUAAGACCCUGUCCCUGUGUCCAACACCUCUGCAGUUUGAUGAAGAAGCUCUGUAUUACGUCAGAAUGUACCAGAUCCUUGGCGACAUCAUAUUCUACGACCUAAAGGAUCCCUUUGAUGCUGCCGGGUACUACCACCUCGCCUUGGCUGCAGCCAUGGACCUGGGCAACAAGCGGUCUCAACUCCAGCUGUGCACUCGCCUGGCCACCAUCUACCACAACUUUCUUGUAGACCGAACUCUCUCCCUCUUCUUUUACCAGAAGGCCAGGGGGUUUGCAGCAGAACUGAAUGUGAAGAGGAUUAACAUUUCUGCUGAUCAGCUGCGCAGCGGCGGCACACGGUCCAAAAGCACCAGGAAUUAGAAAAGAAACAAGCAAGACCUCGUCAAGUCACAGGUUACUUUUCCAGCCAAGGGCAGUACCCAUUUACAACUGGCUGGACUGGUACAAUGUGGAUACAUCCAAGAGCACAGAUAGUGUGACUGGGAAUCGAACCUAUGUCUACAUGUUGCCCAACUGCUGUCUUACCUACUUAGUGCUUGAACCCACAUUUGGCUUUCACAGAAAUUACUUUUUUUUUUUAACGCAUUGGGUUUGCGUGUGUAAAAAUGUGCACUCACUUGGUAGCACCCGCAAAUGAAUGCACAUGCUAAUCUACUCAUGGCGCGCACUGAUGAUUGCAUCUUUCAAAUGAACAAAAUAGCACGUAUUGUUCACUUAACAUGUUCGCCAUCACAAAUAUGCAAUUUGGGGUUUGUCUACCCGAGUGCACAAAAUUGUGGGAGUUGGUGAAUUUAGCACAUUGCCGAUACGCCGCCGUUCAUUAUUGUUAAAUAUUGCAACAGCAGCUCAUCAUCAUCCUCACAUCUACCGGUCAAAGAAUUUGAAGCACAUUACAACAAUAUUAACAAUAUAUUUGGCUUCUUCAGCAGCUAAUAUUAUAGUCAUUCUUGACUCGAUAUAUAGAACUACUCCAAAUCAACUAACACUUACUUUAAUUAAAUGCAUAGAUUUUUCUUGAGUCUGGAUCAUACAAUCUUAUUGUAUCAUGCAAGUGAAAAUUUUGAAUUUGUUAUUUCAGCGUGAGUAAAGUACAGAAAAAAUGACUAUUGGGGGCCGCUAGUGAAUUCCAGGUAUCUGUUCAAAUAUGAAAAGUACCAACCCUAGCUAUGACUGAACUAUGUCUGCCUAUCUGUACCCCCUCUGAUCCCUAUUAUGCAUCUUGUGCCUUACUGUGAGCUCAGAUAACACACUGUAAAUGCAGGGUGGUGUUAAACACAUUCCAAAUGCACUUCCGCAAUGCACUUUAAUCUACGUACUAUAGACCUUCAAGAUAGCAUCCACAACUUUUUUCCAUUCCGAAAACUAGUGAGCAACCUUGAUGGACUCAACUGUAGAUCACUACUUUCGAGAGGUGGGGCUGCACCAAUUAUCUUCUAGGUGGCUGCCAUCCAGGAUCCAAUGCAGUUCUGAAGUGUGACAGAUGUGGCAAGAGAUUAUAAUACAGUAUGAAACCAACCACCUACAUCCAACAACAACAACAAAAAUCAAAUUUAAAUUCUUGGGUAGAAAAUGACAAUAUACAAAUAAUGAAUGUGUAUGAGUGCAAUGGUAAGAAUAUUUAAUGAGAUGAAAGAUGGAAUGUUCCUUGUCAUUUGAUAUUUUAUUGAUUUAUAAACAAGAGGAAAAGGGACUUACGCCCUUCGUGGUCCUAUGGUGUCCGCCAAAGCUUGAUAGUGAGACCGAAAUGCCCCAGCUCACCUAGGUGUCAUCUGACAGAACCUGGUGUGCCUCAGCGGCCAACCCGGCCUGCACGGCUCUACCUCUGACAAACACUGCUUUCUCAAGAGCCCCCCCCCCCCAACUCAUUCUCGAGCCCCCUCGAUGCAUCCAGCCUUCCCGUCUAUUACCCAGCAUGCCUGGGCACUGUACCAGGCUGCUUUUUGUUUUUAAGCUAAGCACCAUCACUGCUAGUGUGUGUACAAAAUGUAUAGAACCAAAAUUGCACGAUAAAAGGAACACAAUGGCAAAUGGUAUGAAUAAUACACAUCACGUGACAUACAAACCACAAAUCAAAUGACAAGGAUCUAUUUUGGUGUUAUAUAAUGUCUGUUAAUUAAGUAAAUAUUUAAUUUUUGUAGAGGUCUUAGAGCUGGUGUGAACACAUCCAUCACAUCAUUGAACUGCUUUGAGUCCCAACUAGCAACAACAGAUCACCCUGCAGUCCAUCCUUGUUUCUGGAAAGUACCGAUUCUAUUGGCUCAUUUGACACAAAGUCCUUCCAGUAUUCUAUGGAGAGCUACGGGAACAAAGACGUCCAGUCAUAGUCUCAAGACCCACAAACCACAGAUUAAAGAUCUGCCUAAUCCUGAC